AUGGGGAACGCAGGAGAUCAUGGCCAAGUGGCGAUAUCGUCUAUCAACAGAGACAUCGAGAAUGUCUCCGAUAACUCCUCCAAUGAAAGCGCCGUGAAACCGACAAAGUCAUGGAAAGGCUACCUGUGGGAUACAUGGGACCUUCCUCCUAAACAGCGAUGGCUUCUUUUCAAAGUCGAUGCAUUUGUUCUCACAUUCGCUUCUAUUGGAUACUUUCUCAAGAACAUCGACCAAUCGAAUGUCAACAAUGCUUUUCUUAGUGGCAUGGAAGAGGACCUGCAGAUGUUUGGCAAUCAACUUGUUACCAGUACAUCUAUCUGGACUGUCGGAUACGUUAUUGGUCAGAUCCCUUCCAAUCUUCUUCUCACUAGAAUAUCUCCACGCUGGGUUAUUCCUUCACUCGAGGUAGGAUGGGGUAUUGCAACCAUCUGCACAUCAAGUGUGAAGUCUUAUCGAGCGCUUUAUGCUCUCCGCUUCCUAGUCGGUUUCUUCGAAUCCGGCUUCUACCCAGGCAUCCACUACCUUCUAGGAUCAUGGUAUACCCCCCGAGAAAUCGGAAAGCGGGCCAUGGUCUUCUGGCUAGCUGGCUCUGUUGGCUCGUUAUUCAGCGGCUUCUUACAGGCAGCUGCUUAUAACAAUCUGAAUGGGACACAUGGUUAUGCAGGUUGGCGCUGGCUCUUCAUCAUCGACGGAAUUAUCACGCUCCCACUCGCGGUCGCAGGCUAUUUCUUCUUUCCUAAUCUUCCUCAAGGCGGAAAGAAGACAUGGUGGAUAAGUGAGGAGGAGCAUGUCAUUUCUUUGGAGAGGAUGCAGCACAUCGGCCGUGCUGGAAAGCAGCCCUGGACGAAAGCCAAGGCUAAGAAGAUUCUUCUAAGUUGGCAUACCUACCUUCUUCCUCUCUUGUAUAUUGUCUGGAACAAUGGUAUACCCCAGGCUGGAAUGGGAUAUUGGCUCAAGAGCUUCAAUGCCAAACCUGCCCCGGUUCCAGGGACACAUUACUCUAUCGCGCAGAUUAACAAUUUACCACUUCCCACGACUGGUAUCUUCAUUGUUGUGGCGAUGGUCUGGGGCUGGCUCUCGGAUGGGCCUUGUCGAGGUGCUCGCUGGCCAUUCAUCUAUGCUGGUGCUGUUAUUACCCUUCUCUUUAGUAUUCUCUUACUCAAGGUACCCUUAUACUCGGAUAUCAAGGGCCGAACGGCUGUAUAUUGGCUGAGCAAUAUUGGGAUGGGUGCAGGUCCUCUAAUUCUCAGCUGGAUCAACGAGAUAUGCUCCGAUGACACAGAAAAGCGAGCGUUGCUCGUUGCAAUGGCGAACGAUCUUGCUUAUGUCGUGCAGGCUGUUGCUCCCAAUUUCGUGUGGAAAACUACUGCAUUCCCAAGAGCUGCGAAGGGAUACACCUGGUCGAUUGUGCUCCAAAUUUUACUCAUUGUCGUUACGGCUACGAUUCAGUUACUUCUAUGGAGGGACAGAAAAAAGGCAGCUAGGGCAGACCGGACGAUACCCGCCGUGGAUCCCGUUGAUCCAUCCUCAACAGAGGAUGAGGAGAAUCCUGGUAAAGGCAUAGGACCAUCCCAGGUCAAGUUUGUGGGUCAGUAUUAG